AGAUUUUUUUGACAGAACAGUGAUGACACCAGAAAACAAAUGAAAAGAAAUAAGAACUUUUCUUCUGGGUGGACGUGUAAGUUGCUGUUUCGAUACAGUGCCUAGUGUAAAGCGACACUUUCUUUGCCUCACAAAUUUUCCGGCGGCACGGCAGUCCUGCAGUAAGAGCGCACGCAAGUAAGGCUGGGCCAACGCAGCGUAGCGAAUUUUCCCCGUGUGUUCCCACCCAGUGUUGAUAAGAACGGAGCAACGUCGUCGCCCAGGGGGGUGGUGAUGGACAGCACGGCACAGCAGCAAGCAACCAUGAUAGGCGGAGACAACUUGGAGCUUUCCUUCAAAGACCUUUCCCUCGACGCGGGAACCGUCGGCGAAGAUAACAGUAAAAUCUUGAAAUGGAACCUGCCGCUGAAGGAGCUGUACAAGCUGGCGUGCAGUUUUUACAAAGAAAAAUCUGGAAAAGCGAUCCAUUUAAGCUAUGAGGACAAUUUAAAGCUGGUGGCGUUCACACAGCAGGCUGCACAUGGACCGCUGGACCUGUCCAAGGCACCGCCGCUCGGCAUGUUCGAUGUGAUCGGCAAAGAUCGCAGAAUAGCGUGGCAGCAGCUUGGCACGAUCACGAAGCUGCAGGCGAUGGAGGGCUUCAUCGAUCUGCUCGACCGGCUGUGCCCGCUGUUCAAGCCGUACGUCGAAGCGAUCAAAAAGGACCGGGAGGAAAAGGCACGCCGGGCGGAGCAGGAGGAAAUCCAGCGCACCGAGGCGCUCGCCGCCGAACGGGAGCGGCAGGAGGAGCUGGCCCGGCUUGAGAGUGAGAAGAACCGCGAGGAGCUGCAUCGGCGACAGCUGCAGGAUGCGCUGAACCAGCAAACGUACCAUCAGUUUAAGGAGUACGCGGAGAUCCAAUUCCCGGGCAAUCCGGAGCAGCAGGCCGUACUGAUACGGCAGCUGCAGAACGAACACUACCACCAGUACAUGCAGCAGCUGCAGGCCCAGGUGGCCACCAAUUUGGCCCGGCUGAAGAGCUUAUCGGACGGCGAGGAGGACGACACACCGACUGCGGUCGUGUGCGAGAAUGGUGCUGCCGGUGCGAUCGAGCCGGCCGCGGCCAACGAGUUUGCCAACGCGAAUAACGCCAAGGAAAAUAGUCAAUUCGAGUUUAAGGAACAGUGCGACAGUGACAACGACUCUGGAGAUUACGCAGUAAUCAGCCCGGCAAACAUGUGGACAAAGCCAGACAUUAAGCUGUUCAAGCAGGAAGUGAUGGCAGGGAAAGGGGAUGGAGUGAUACGCGUAAAUCAUGGCGACACCGUAACGGUGAAGGUGCCAACGCACGAGGGCGGUUCGUGUUUGUUCUGGGAGUUUGCCACCGACAGCUACGAUAUCGGGUUCGGCGUUUACUUCGAAUGGGGCAAACCACCGACGACCGAGGUGUCGGUGCACAUUAGCGAAAGCGACGAGGACGACGACACGAUAGAGGAGGACGAUGAGGUCAUUUGUGCGGAAGAUCUGGAGUGCGGCCAGGUGCAGAGCAGCCAAAUGAGUUCGGCCGGCAGUGCGCUCGGUUCGCGCAAUCCCAUCUCGAUCAUCAUACCGAUCUACAGGCGCGAGUGUCACCAGGAAGUGUACGCCGGUUCGCACACGUACCCGGGCGAGGGCACGUACUUGCUCAAGUUCGACAACUCCUACAGCCUGUGGCGCCCGAAGACGCUCUACUAUAAGGUGUUUUACACGCGAUAAAAUCCGACAUGAACCAAAACUCGACCGGCAUAUGUGAGAGUUUUCGCGCAAAAAGGGGUAUCAGAGAAACACAUAGAAGCGGUGAGGUAGAGAGACGGAGAGAGCGAUAGAAGAUUGGGAAAAGAGCAACGGACAAACACACAGAGCCGCAAAUAUUUAGAGGAAAUACUUUAUCUUUACUUGUAUGGAAUAACUACUAACGAUAAAUCCUUGUGGUGUGAUGUCGUUCCCUUCCCUUUUUGUGC